CGAGUCACGUGACUCAAGUCAGCCAAUCCUAUGUGGAUGCGGUGUGCGCUCGUGAAGCGCUUACGCCAUAUGCGUACGAGAGCAUCCCUAAAAUUGCCUCUGUCAUACAACCAGGAAGAAGGUGGGAUAGCCCUACAAAGCUAACAUCCCCAAUCUUUCUGCAUACUUUCUCCGAAAAUAAUGGGGUCUUCCAGGUGGAAGGUGGCGGCAGCCUUUCUCGCUAUAGUGGGCUCUUUAUUACCUGUCGACGCAGAUGAACAUGAACACACGUACAUAGAUAAGGAGGAGGUCGUUUUGUGGAUGAACACAGUGGGGCCUUACCACAACCGGCAGGAGACCUACAAGUAUUUCUCUUUGCCCUUCUGCGCGGGCUCCAAGAAGACCAUCAGUCAUUACCAUGAAACCCUCGGAGAGGCUCUGCAGGGAGUGGAGCUGGAAUUCAGCGGCCUCGACAUCAGAUUCAAAGAUGAAGUCAUGCAGACAACAUACUGUGAGAUUGACCUGGACAAAGCCAAACGGGAUGCCUUUGUCUACGCCAUAAAGAAUCAUUACUGGUACCAAAUGUACAUAGAUGACCUCCCUAUCUGGGGUAUUGUUGGUGAGGCGGAUGAAAAUGGAGAAGAUCAUUACCUGUGGACGUACAAGAAGCUGGAGAUCGGCUUCAAUGGCAACAGAAUUGUUGAUGUGAAUCUGACCAGUGAAGGCAAAGUCCGACUUGUGCCAAACACAAGAAUAGCCAUGUCCUACUCUGUGAAAUGGAAGAAGUCGGAUGUGAAGUUUGAAGACAGAUUUGACAAGUACCUGGAUCCAUCCUUCUUUCAGCACAGGAUUCACUGGUUCUCCAUCUUCAACUCCUUCAUGAUGGUGAUUUUCUUGGUGGGUCUGGUGUCCAUGAUUCUGAUGAGAACACUAAGAAAGGAUUACGCCAGAUAUAGCAAAGAGGAGGAAAUGGAUGACAUGGACCGAGACCUGGGAGAUGAAUACGGGUGGAAGCAGGUUCACGGUGACGUGUUUCGGCCGUCCAGCCAUCCCAUGAUGUUCUCCUCGCUCAUCGGCUCCGGCUGCCAGAUCUUCUCCGUCUCCUUCAUCGUCAUCAUCGUUGCCAUGGUGGAGGAUCUGUACACCGAGAGAGGAUCCAUGCUGAGCACAGCCAUCUUCGUGUAUGCCGCCACCUCCCCUGUCAAUGGCUACUUUGGGGGAAGCUUGUACGCAAAACAAGGAGGCAGAAGAUGGAUAAAGCAAAUGUUCAUCGGAGCGUUCCUGAUCCCAGCCAUGGUGUGCGGGACGGCUUUCUUCAUCAACUUCAUCGCUAUCUACUACCACGCCUCCAGAGCCAUCCCAUUUGGCACCAUGGUUGCCGUCUGCUCCAUCUGCUUCUUUGUCAUCCUGCCUCUUAACCUCGUGGGAACAAUUCUGGGGAGGAAUCUGUCCGGCCAGCCGAACUUCCCCUGCCGAGUGAACGCCGUGCCGAGACCCAUCCCUGAGAAGAAGUGGUUCAUGGAGCCGGCUGUCAUCGUCUGCCUCGGAGGGAUCCUUCCGUUCGGCUCGAUUUUCAUUGAAAUGUACUUCAUCUUCACGUCCUUUUGGGCCUACAAAAUCUACUACGUGUACGGCUUCAUGAUGCUGGUCCUGGUCAUCCUGUGCAUCGUGACCGUGUGCGUCACCAUCGUGUGCACGUACUUCCUGCUCAACGCCGAGGACUACAGAUGGCAAUGGACAAGCUUCCUCUCCGCUGCAUCCACUGCUGUUUAUGUUUACAUGUACUCCUUUUACUACUACUUCUUCAAAACUAAGAUGUACGGGCUCUUCCAGACGUCCUUCUACUUUGGCUACAUGGCUGUGUUCAGCACCUCUCUAGGAAUCAUGUGUGGUGCCGUUGGAUACAUGGGAACAAGUGCCUUCGUGAGGAAGAUCUACACAAAUGUAAAAAUUGACUAAAGAAGCGAAGCAGCAUCACAGGGAUAUAAAUGCAUUUGCCUCGUGUAUCCUGAAAGACGGCGGGCACAAGUCAUUCUUUAUUCCUCUUUUUUUUCCUUGCAAAGAGAAUGUGAGAAUCUCACUUUGUACAAUGUCGUUUAUUUUUUCUUCGUUUUUCUGAAUGAAUUUCAACGCCGCAACUCAGAAUCUGCGGAAAGAGAUUUCAAACACAAGGUUCUGUUUUUAUGAGUUGUUUCAAACAAACGUUGGGCAAAUGUUUAAGGCUGACAUCUUUUCCAACCCAGUCCCACCUGAGACCAGAGAACAUUCACGUUUAUCGCUGGGAUAGUGUAGCUCUCUUCAGUGAAGAGGCCUAAGUGUAUUGAGAGCCUACGUUCUGUUCUGUUCUGUUCAGUCAGAAUAUUGGAGUUGGCUUUUGCGCCCGUGUUCUGACUCCAUUUCUAUUUUGUAUUCUUGAAGUCCCUUGAAAUCGUUAACACGCAGUAAAGGUGUUUGUUUUGGUUAAUGUCCACUGCAAAAAAAGAUAAACAAGUCAAGAGUCAUUCCCCCGUUUUGACGAUUCUUAAUCCCGUUACAGUAGCAAUCCAUCCAGUUGUUGAGGGAGAUUUUAGUCCUGCUGUAGUUUACUGUGCAGACGAGAACAGAGGGACUUAUCAACGGUUGAGGUACAGUAAGAAAACCAAUUUUUAAAUGGAUGUUUGAUGUGAUCCCAUUUCCCCGUUCACCCGGGGUUUUCUUAAUGUUUGGGUUUGAAUGAAGUCUACUUGUAAAGAUAAUAUAUGGAUGGGUGGGAGUGUAUAUAACCUUAAUAAUGUACCUUUAGACGUAGAUCCCAAAUGUAUUUUCGUUGUACAGAUUUACUACAGGGUGUCUUCUUUUUUUUUAAUCUAAACAAAAAAAGGUUUUUCUUUUCCUCGUUUGGGAUGGGGCUGGUGGCGCUGUUACAUCUUGCCUGAUAUUGCAUGAAGUUUUCACCAAACCAUCUGCUCAACAAAUUCCACUUCUGUCGAGAUUUAUGUUUUCCCCUCUCUGAUUGUGAGUAUGUUCUCAAAAUGUAAAAGGUACAUUUUGACGGCGUGCUUGUGGACUCUUUUUAUUUUGAUUUCUUAUAUUAUUUAAAGCUUUAAAAGCCUCUGCAUCCUCUGGUAAGCCAUUUCCCCUUAUGUUCUUUUCUAAUGCUAACCCCAAACAUAAUUUGUGAAUGUCAGAAGCAAUGAGGCGAUGGCUUUGUUUCCGCAAACAUACUGUACAAAGUGAAGUUUAUGUACACUUAAAAACUAGAUGUUUUCAUAACCACACACAGUGCUGGCUGCGGAGUGUUUCAAACGCUUUCCCCCCCAUUUUGUGUAAAUACAGUAUGUACCCUACUUGUAUGAGAAGUGGCAAUGCCUUUUUUUUUUUCUAAUUUCCAGUUCUCCCCACUGAAGUUGAUUUUGGCACCUCAUGUUGUGUACCAAUGUCUGAUUAGACAUUCUGAACCUGCAUAUUAACUUGCUGUAAAAAGAGAAAAUAAACAUGUUUAUGUACA